AUGAGAGAUUGUGUGGCCAUCCUCUUCCUGAAUAUUCACAAGAGGUCUGCCUCCCCAACCCUUCUCUUGUAUACAUUUUCACGAGUCUAUAAAGUCGGGCUUACACGAUCGGUUUUUCCGUCCGUUUUGAACCGACGUUUCGAACCGUCGGGCCAAACCGAUGGAAAACCCGAUCGUCUGAGGGUGAGAACCGUCGGUUUGGACGGCGGACCUAUUUGGACUUACGGAAUUGAGCUUUGGGGCUCCACUAAACCAUCGAAUUCCUCUCGUAUCCAAUCCUUACAAUCCAAAAUCCUUCGUAAAAUCCUUAACACGAGCGACCGACUGGGGCCAACUUAUGAACACGACCUCGGACUCAAUAGGAAUCAAAAUUAAUGUAAUGGGAGACACAGAAGAGUAUGGCAUAUUGUCAGCAUAGCUCCAGCGACUGUGAUAGAACCUGUAUUAUCUGUAUAAACUAUAUAUGUAUAUUUAUCUAGAAGGAGAGUUUAUAAAAUUAUAAAUAAAUUUAAAAAAAAAAAAAAAAAAAAAAAAAACUUCGUUGCAAUACCACUAAGGUGGAAAUUCGAGAAAAACGCAGUCCGUCCAAGACAAGUGCAAUAUGUAAUAAUGGGCAUUAUAAGGGAAUGUUAGGAACCAUCUACGUGGAUUUGAUUUUAAGCGUUAUAUAGUGCCUUCGUGCGUGCCAUAUGCGUUUCAGUGCCGUGCAGUAUUAGUUCAAGCUGCUUAAGUUAUAUGACUUUAUUUUAGAAAAAAUGGAUUUGUCGGAACUUUAUAUUUCUUUUUAAAAAAUAGAUCAUCAUUACCCAUUAAAAAUCAACGCAAUAAUUCAAAAAUAAUCCUCAGCUUUUAAAACUUGAAAAAUCAAUUUCAAAUUAAUUAUAAGCUUCCAUUUACUUUGCAUGCAGCUAAGUUUACGAAUAAACUUGGUAAUUUAUUUCGAUCCAGUCUAUCUGUAUCAAUAAAUACAAAAAUAUAAAAUAUAUCUUCUAAAUAGACUUUUUAUGUUUCAGAUUUGUAGUCUUCAAAAUAUCUGUCUUUUUUUUUUAUUUUAAACAUUUUUAUUUAAUGAUUUAUGUCUUCAAGCACUGUAUGUCCGUCGGUCCGUUCUGUUAGAAUCUGUUCGUUAUUGAUCUGCUAUGGAUCCAGGAAAAUAUGUGCAUUAGUAUGAUAUUAAGUAUAAUAGGGACCUUCAAUGCCUAGAUUAAAAUAUUGUAUAUUAUAAAUUAAGAACUAUACUGUUAAAUUAUUAUUAUUAUUAUUAUUAUUACUAUGUUAAAAAUUGGGAUAUUUUAAAAAUGCAAAAUAAUUGUGUUAUUUAUUUUUAUAGAAUCUAUAUAUUUACUUGAUGUCCUAAACGUGGCCACUCCGUAUUAUUCAUCCAGUUGUCCUACAAUUAACUAAUAAAAUAUAUAAUCAUAGUUAAUAAAAUAUAAAAUUCUAAUUGAAGCGAUAUCCAGUUUUCGAGUUACCAAUAAAUUGUGGCCACUUUUUUUAUAGCAUCUCGAUUUAAUUUUUAUUCCGGAUCAUUUCAAUAUUUGCUACAAAUUAAUAUUUAUUAUCACCGGCUAUAAUAUGUUUAUAUUAUUUUGUUUCUUGUUACAUGAUAAUAAAAAGUAUUCUGAAAAGCUCAGUUUAAAUCUGAGGUGCAUCGGAACCCAGACAAAUUUGCCCACCGCAAAUUUAAUUUAAGCAACUAAUAUCGAUCUAAUAAUUAAUUAUACGAUUUAUAUAUAAAAUUAAUUUAAGAUAAUUUUAAUUGUAAACAGUAACAAAUUCGGUUCCUAUUCAGCUUAGUUUUGGGUUCCAGGCACCUGACAGACAGAUUUAUAUUAAAAUAUCACGCAUACCUUUGCUAUAUCAGGUUUGAUUACUGUACAUGUAAAAAACAAUUCAGAUGUAUAUUAAGUACCCAUUUUAUUUCUAAGUAUUUUAUUGUUAAAUAUUUAUUUUUAUUUAUUUAUAAAAUAAAUUUGACGUCCUCGAGAGGACAAAAAUAUUGUGUAUUAUGUAUGAAAUGCCAUAGUAGAACCUACGUGUACAUAGUUGUUUACUUUAUACGGUUUAGAACCACGAAUGUACAAAGUAGACCAAUUUAGCUGUUGGGGCAUUCUUAAGGGGCGCGAUGUCCCUGUAAAUAUUUAUAAAUAAGUUAUUAUGUGUGAAUAUUUUAGUAUGAGUUGUAAAUUGUAAAAGAGAAUUCUAUUGUAAACAUUUCUUUUUUAUAUGUAUAGUUAUAUAAAAGGCAACAAAUUAUCUUUGUUGAAUAAAAAUGCCUUAAGGAAUUA